CGUUGGAGGAAUAAGAAGCACGUGACAGAGAGGCUGUUCCGGGGCCAGCGAAGGCGGUGAAUCCGCGUGGCGUGCCACCCCCACACCAUAAAUACCAAUCUAUCGUGUGUGGCAUGUCUCACGCCUUCUCCAUCCAAGAAAGAAGAAAAGGGGAAGAAGAAAGAGCAGAGAGAAAGAGAGGAGCCAUUGCAACCCUAACAUCUUAGCUAAACCCUAAUCGUUUAGCUUUUCCUCUCUUUUUUUUCCCCUCUCUUCUUUUCUUCCCCCUUGUUAAUCCUCUCUCAUUCUCCUCGCCAAACGUUCCAGAUCCAAAUAAAUCAUGGUUUUCUGGGUGUUUGGCUACGGUUCACUGGUGUGGAACCCGGGGUUUGAUUACGAUGAGAAGAUUGUUGGUUUCAUUAAGGAUUACAGACGCGUGUUCGAUUUAGCGUGCAUUGAUCACCGGGGAACCCCAGAAAACCCAGCAAGAACCUGCACGUUGGAGGAGAAAGAAGGAGCUAUUUGCUGGGGAGCUGCUUAUUGUGUUCGAGGAGGCCUUGAAAGAGAAAAAUUGGCUAUGCAGUAUUUGGAGAGACGGGAAUGUGAAUAUGACAGAAAAACUCUCGUAACCUUCUUCAAGGAAGGAGACUCACAGCACCCUGCUUUGACUGACGUAAUAGUAUUCACAUCAACCCCAGACAAAGUGAACAACAAAUACUACCUGGGACCUGCCCCACUGGAAGACAUGGCUAGGUAUAUAUACAUUUUUCUCCUCAUUUUUAUUUGUGGAAGUGUUGGUUUCACUAAUGAUUUUGGCAAUCCAUUCAGGCAAAUAGCAACUGCGUAUGGUCCUUGCGGAAACAACAGGGACUAUCUUUUUCUUCUAGAGAAGGCCAUGUAUGAUAUUGGCCAUGAGGAUGACUUAGUGAUAGAGCUUGCGAAUGAAGUGAGGAAAGCACUUGGAGUGGGAAAUGUGCUACCAAAUGUUGCAACAGCUCAACUUCCACACCCUCCUCAUGUAUCCAUACCUAGCCGUCAAUUGCAACCACUGCCAGAACCUAUUGCUUUGGAUGGUUGAGUUUUGAGGGGGAUGGAGAUGACCGGAGAAAACUGACGAUGAGUUCGGCAACUACACUGAUUUAGCGGACCCUGCUAACCCUCAUUCAAUUUUCAAGUAACAUCAUAUAGUUAGUCCCCACUUUUUCAGCCAUUCCCUGGAGAUAUCCCUUAAAUUCAGGGAAGGCAAUAUUUUGAAUUUGAAUGUUGAGACUUUUGACAUCUACACUCUUAUAAUUUUGAGAAAGGUUAAUGUUUCUAGUUAUUUCGUUCACUGCAAUCCCACAAUCCUACCUGGUUUAAUAGCUAUUCCGAAAUUAGUGA